CCCAAAUUAAUCCAUAGUAUAAUAUUUUUUUUAUAUUCAUAUAUAGAUCGAGAAAACCCAUGUUUAGAAGAAAAUAUACAGUCAUGUUGUUUCAUCCUAUCAUGCUUUCGUUCUCAACUCUUCUCUUUUCCUAUGUCAUUUUUUGUAUCCUUAGGAAACCUGGAUCAAACACAAAGCUCAAUCUACCACCUUCGCCGCCGAAGAUUCCAAUCUUUGGGAAUUUUCAUCAAAUAACUCCAUUAGUUCACCAAUUUUUCCAUCAAAUGUCUUUGAAGUACGGUCCAAUUGUGUUCUUCAAAUUUGGCAACAAGCCUACACUUGCGGUUUCAUCUUUAGAGACGGUGGCUGAAAUUCUAAAGACCCAUGACGGUAUGUUUGCAAAUAGGAUCCCGGUGAAAGCUUUUAAAAUUCUCUUUUGCGAUGGAAAUGACAUAAUUAUGUCUCCAUAUAAUGAGCAGUGGAAACAACUAAGAAAGUUUUGUGUUCUUGAACUGUUGAGUCCAAAGAGAGUCCAAUCUUUCAAGUAUAUAGGAGAAGAGGAAGUUGAUAGAAUGAUUGAAAAUAUAACUCGGUCGUCAAGAGAGCGGGGCAUGGUUAAUCUAACAGAGACAUUGUUAACUAUGUUGGAUGCCAUUAUAUUUAGGUGUUCACUAGGGGAUAAUUUUAGCAAAGAAUAUACCGACAGAUUUCUGGGGUUGAUGUAGAAAGCGAAUUCAUUAAUUGAGUUAUUCAGUUUCGGAGAUUUAUUUCCAUGGCUUAAAUGGUUGGAUAUGCUGAGAAAAACCGCUCAAGAUAUAGAUAUUUUUUUCAAUCAAAUUAUCGAUGAUCGUAUCCGUAUAAAUUCUCAAGUAGAUAAAACUGAUCACCAUGGCAAAGAUGAAAAGAGAAACUUCAUAGAUAUACUGCUUCAUGCCGGAAAGAAUAACCUCAGUUUCACUAGAGACUGCAUGAAAGGAAUAAUUAUGGACAUGUUUGUUGGUGGAGUUGAUACAUCUGCUACUGUCUUGGAUUGGGCUAUGGCAGAGCUGAUAAAGAAUCCAAAGCUGAUGAAGAAAGCACAGGAAGAGGUAAGAAGAGUGGCUGCUGGCAACAAAACUAACAAGGUGGAAGAGCAGGACAUUAAUAAAAUGGACUACUUGAAAUGCAUCAUUAAAGAGACACUAAGAAUGCAUCCACCGGUACCGACUUUGUCAAGGAAACCCUCGGCUGAUGCAAAACUUGGUGGUUAUGAUCUCCCACCAAAUACAGAUAUUUUCCUCAAUGUGUGGACAGUUCAAAGAGACCCCAAAUUAUGGGAUAAACCAGAAGAUUUCCGUCCAGAGAGAUUCAUAGACAACCCCAUCGACUUUAAAGGUCAAUAUUAACUUAUCCCAUUUGGGUCUGGAAGAAGAGGGUGUCCUGGCAUAUCAUUUGGCGCUGCAGUGGUGGAACUUGUUCUUGCUAAUCUCUUGUACGCGUUCGACUGGGAAUUGUCUGGUGGUGCUAGCAGUGAGGAACUAGAUAUGGCUGAAACAUAUGGUAUCACUACUACGAGGAGGACACCUCUACAUGUUGUUCCAAUACCGUUCUGUGCAACUUUUUCUUAACAUGAAUCAGAUAUGUUUUAAUUGUAGAAGCAACAUGACAAACAAGUUUUAGUACUAAAUAAUCCCUUGAAAAGAAACUUUCUCUUUCAACGCAAA